CCUUUCGAGAGAAGUCAUAGUCUAAUCAAUCAAUGGUGUUGAAUUUGAGUGUAAAAUGCAGAAUAUAAAAUUUAUUGAAGGGUCAGAAAUACGACGAGUUUUGACUUAUGAUGAGCUUAUUCCUGCAAUCGAGAAAGCACUUGUGAAUUUCUCGGAUCGCGAACAUGGAGAUGUUGUCCAGCCCUUACGUUCCGUUGUACCUAUCACCAAGCAGAACGGAUUGUUUUUAGUAAUGCCUGCCUUGUCAGCUAAGGAAGAAGCUUUGGCCACAAAGAUAGUCACUGUGUAUCCGGGGAAUGCAGAAAAGGGCCUGCCCUCACACCAAGCUGUUGUGAUGCUGUUUGACCCUUCUAAUGGAUCACUAAUAUCAAUGUUGGAUGGGGAGAAAAUCACAGAAAUGAGAACAGCAGCAGCCUCAGCGGUAGCCACAAAGCAUUUAGCUAAAGAAGAUGUCAAAGUACUAGCUAUUUUGGGCUCUGGCGUCCAGGCACGUAGCCAUGCAGAGGCUCUUAAACAUGUCCGCAAUUUCACUGAAGUCCGAGUAUGGAGCAGGACGACUGCGAAUGCACAGAGGUUUGCAAAUGACAUUGGAGCCAAGUGUUGCCCAGAUGUAGAGUCUGCGGUUGCUGGGGCAGAUGUGAUUGUAACUGCAACAUUUGCGACAGAGCCUGUUUUAAUGGGAAAAUGGGUCAAGAAAGGAGCUGUUAUAAAUGCUGUUGGUGCUCCCACUCCAAAAUUGCGUGAACUGGAUGAUGAACUAAUGCAGAAUAGCAUUAUUGUGGGUGAUAGCGUAGAAGCUGCCUCUAAAGAAGCUGGGGAUGUAGUUUUGUCCAAGGCCAGUGUUGCAGGAGAAAUAGGAGAAGUCAUUACUGGAAAAAUGCAACUUCCAAAAGACAAAACAAAAGUCUUCAAAUCUCUAGGCCUAGCUGUUGAGGACGCAGUAACUGCAAAGCUGGUAUUUGAUAAAUUGCAAUCCUGAUAGGAUAGAAAUAGUUCAUACAUUGGAUAAGUGAUUAUCACAUCAUUCAGUCUCCUCAAUCACCUCCGUUAGGUUUCCUUUAGUGAAGGAGAGAUUGACCUGACACAAACUUUGUCCCAGACCCCUGUUUCUCUUUGGUUCAUAUACAAGCAUAGAAAACCUGAUAUGAACUAGGCUUUUUUACUACCUGUCAUCAUCAGACGACUUUUUUAAAAUUAAAAACAUGAUUAUCAUC